AUGUCUUGGCUUCAACACGACCUGGAGCAGGUCAUAGGAGAUGCGAACCAGAACUUGCUGGAGCAAAAGGUGAAGGUGGUCAAGUAUUUGUGCGAGCUGUGCAAGUUCAAGAUCUGUCCUCCUGGGGUUGUGCUGGACAUCUUCAAGACCCUUUGUGACGACUUCAACCAGCAGAACGCGGAGUUGUGUGCGAACCUGCUGCAGUCCUGUGGUCGCUUCCUCUUGUACAAGCCUGAGACAGCCAUGAGAACGGACAACUUGCUGGAGCGCAUGGCUCGGCUGGCAAAGGCAAAGUCUCUACCGCUGAGGCUGGAGAUCAUGCUGGAAGAUGCUUUCUACCAGGUCAAGCCGCCCGAAGGGAAGCGAAAGCAAAAGAAGGAGAAGGAUCCGCUGGAGCAGUUUGUUGAACACCUGGUUUUCGACCGUUUGUACAAAGAAGAAGAUGAGGAUCAACUCCUCAAGCUGGUGCGCAAGCUGCCAUGGGACGGCCCUGCAGUUGGAUGGCUGAAGAAAUGCCUGCUGGACUUAAACCACCAUGCCAACUAUGAGAACCUAUCCUGCGUGGCCUCCCUGCUGAGUGGCCUCGCGAAGUACCGCGACGCUUUCGUGAUAGACGUAAUUGAUUCCCUCCUGGAAAACAUCCAGGUAACCCUGGAGAGAAAUGACUUUCGAGAGAUGCCGUUGAGAGUUCGACAGAUAAAGCUGGUGGGCGAGCUGUACAACUACAGAUUGGUUGAUUCGGUCUUGGUUUUUGAUUGCCUCUACCAGUUCAUUGGCUUUGGUGGGCCGACAGCCCAUCGUGCUGGCCAGUUCAUCACUGCGCACAAGCUGGUGGAGAAGGGCUUGGCGAUGAGGAAAGGCGGCCUUGGAAGCAUCUCUGAAGAAGUGGAGGACAACGAAGAUGGCGUGCAGCUCCCUGACAUCCUCGCAGAUCCGCAGCACCCUCUCGAGGCGCCCUGGGACUUCUUCCGAAUCAAAUUGGUAUGCGUUCUCCUUGAGACUUGUGGGCACUAUUUCGACCGCGGGGCUUCCAAGCAGAAGCUCGAUCGGUUCUUGACCUUCUUCAUACGAUACGUCCACAGCAAGGGUGAAUUACCGCAGCGCUUCAUGAACAUGGUCUAUGACACGCUGGAGAGGCUGAGGCCCAGGCUUGUCUUUCCAGAGCUACAGGCAGAUGCAAACGAGGCCGUGAUACGCCAGCUCGACAAGGAGAAGGACGACAUUGACGUCGGAGGUGGCAAUGCAGACGAGCAGGAUGAUGACGAGGAUGAAGAUGAGAGCUCAGAUGAGGACGACAGCGGUUCCGACGAUGGCGAGGAGUCAUCUGAAGAGGAGUCGGGCGAGGAAGAAGACAGUGAGUCUGAUGAUGACGAAGCCGAGUACGACAGAGGAGAUGAUGAGCAGAAGCAUGCUGCAGAGGAUGACUUUGACAAGGAGGUGCAGGCAAUUCUCAUCGAGUCACUGGAGAAGGAGAAGAAUGCACCUCGCGCACUGUCCGAGUUGCCACCUCCCACCGUCAUUGCAAAGAAAACCGAGCAGCUUGGGGAAAUGCCGCUUGGACAGUUCAGCUUGUUGCAAAAGAAAACGGGCGGCAAAAUCUUGUCCAAGCAGCUCAGCAUUCCAGAUGAUUCCAAACUGCUCAGAGUCCGCGGCUCAUCUAUGGCCGUGCCGCACUGUGCCACAAGGCUGGUUGUUGUUGUGGGGUUUGCAUCUGGCUUGCCGACAAAGACAGGCCCGCCAAGAAACCGUUGA